AUGGUAGAGGAAAAUCAACUCGCUGUCUUCGAAGGGAAUACACCACCGACGCCGGUUCAUUCUCCACAGCCCAAGAUGAACGCGCCACCACCACUUACCCUUGCAGACGCACCACUAGCACAUCACGGAGCUCCCUCGGCCCAUCUCCCACAACCAAUUUCAACAAGCAUGCCACCACUUGGGUACGCGCCGCUACCAACGAUGUAUAUGCCGUCGUCGGCGACUCAAGCACCACCGCCUGCCCAUGAUCCUACUCGCAUGGCCACGCUCGAGGGUAACGUCACCACUCUUCAAAACACGGUUGACCUAAUGGCCGCUAAUAUGGCCGAGAUGAUGGCCUUGCUCAGGGGGCCAAAUCGCGCAUCUUCGAGCUCCACCCCUCCUCUCGCAUGCGGGCUAACUGUUGACCCCGCUCCUUGGGUCCCACCAACCCAUGCACUAAAGGGCGACAUAGCGGUCGUCCCCGCACCGACAAUUAUCCCAGCGCCCGCUCCUCGUCCAACGCACGCGCAGGCAAUUCACCCGGUCGACUUCUAUCAUUCUCAGUCCACCAUUCCAGCAACUGUCUCACUUCCGCCCAUGAUGAUCUCCGUGCCGGAUCCGGUUAUGUUCGCACCACCUCCCGUGUCUGUGCUGGCUCAAACUACGGUCUACACCGUUCCUCCGUCGAUGGGCUUCCUAACAUCGAGCGGCCUUGCUCCUGCUCACACUACUGAACCUUUCCCUUACCAAGCUCUACAACCUCACAUCGGCCUCCCUUACCAAGCUCCACCUCCCAUAAAUAUUACUUUCUCUGAACCGAGCACGCCGACUCACGUGGCCCCUAUAGCUCCACCUACAAAUUUCCUCCCCGGAACGGAGACCGAACAGGAGAGGAGAAUGAAAAAGAUGGAAGAGACUAUCAAGGCCCUCCAAGCUAGUGACCCUCGACAUAACACUAGUUAUCUAGAUUCGACUCUCUUCUCGGGGAUGCAGCUACCCGCGAAGGUCAAGGUGCUCGAUUUCCAAAAAUACGAUGGAACUAAGGACCCGCGACAUCACCUCCGCCACUACCACGGAAAGAUGCUUCAAUACUGGGACUACAAAUAG